GGCGUCAACCUUCCAGGAACGUGUUAGACAGGAUCAUCACAGACAUGGUAACUGAUGUAGGACACCUGAAUUCUGUUUCUUUCAGUACUCUUUAAAGCUUUUCCUUUCAUCUGUCACAGUGCAUGUGCUUGUAAGAUAUAUGUUCACUGCAAAAACCUGCUGGGCUGCUAAAGUACCAGGAAAAUACAUUUGUAUGUGUCGAGGAUGAACAACAAUCUCCAGGAAGGUGUUGACGUCCAGGAGACUGAGUUUGGGGGUCCCUCCUUGUCCAAGGAGAGGAGGGUCAUCCACUUCUCUAGCGGCGAGACCCUGGAGGAGGAAGGCAGCGAGGAGGAGGACGGAGAGAAGGACCAGCCAGCCUUGACAGAACCUGCAAACACAGAACCUGCAAACACAAGUAAAUUCUCCUGGAGGACUGUGGCUAGGGUGUCUCUCCAGACGUGUGAUUUUCUGGGGGGAAAACUGGCAGGUUUACUUGGACUGAACGCAGCCAAGUACCAGUAUGCCAUAGACGAGUUCUGCCGUGACAGCAAGCCUGCAGAUCGGAACCCAGACAAGGCCUCGUCUGAGGAUGGAAAAGAGAAGGUGCACCUCUCUCCCAGGAACAGUGUUGCAUACGGAACAACCGGUUCUCCUGCGUUCCUCGGUCCUCCAGCCCCUCGUGAACACUCUGGACACACGAGCGGAGGAUCUGUCAACACGGGGUACCAGGAGGACCAUGAACAAUGAUUAAAUUACAUUUUGAUAAACAGUUGUGCUUGAAUGGAGUGAUGUGCUGUGCUUUCUCUCUCUCAAUCUUUGUCUCUGUCUCUCUCUCUCUGUCUCUGUCUCAGGACAUAAAACUUCAGUCUUAAACACUUAAAACAAUACUUAUAUGGACAUACAGCUGCAAAAUGUAUAUAAUAAAUCUAAAUAAAUACUGGCAAAAAUAAACUUCUCAGCGAAGCGACAAUAACACAAUCUGACCACGAAGGGGCGCUGCAACACAAAAAAUCCGCGGGAUGAAGUGAGUUUAACUUACUGAUAGACAGCUGCCGCUCUCUUUUUCUAUUGGAGGAAAUGGUAAAAUCGGAACAGCGCCAAAAAACCUACCAGAGGCUGUCAGAAUAUUACAUCCGUAGUGGUUUAGCACAACGUUUUAUGGAUUUUUAGCUAAAGAAUCCUCGGUUGCGGGCAAUAAGAGGUUAAAUAUAUCGUAGUUCCUCUAAAAUAUAUAUUUAUUAACUUCAUGAAUACUUUCUUUAAAAAUGUUGUAUUGUGGGAAUAUGACAUCGACGAGGUGGCCGAGUGGUUAAGGCGAUGGACUGCUAAUCCAUUGUGCUCUGCACGCGUGGGUUCGAAUCCCAUCCUCGUCGACAAUUUUCAUUUUUAACUUAGGUGAUACUAUAACUGUAACCGUUUUAUUGAAA